AUGGACGCGUCAGCAAACCCACACACACCUCCUAACCCACGAGUGCCGGGAGAGGCACCACGAUCAAGUCUUUUAUUCGAGACCCCGUUGUCAGUAGGUGCUGAUGGAGCUGGUAAUCAGAGUAGCCCUGCUCAGCGUCGCGAGGCGCCAGAUCGAAAACUCGGAGUAAACAUUCAUGCUACUGCCCACCCACAAACGCCUACGACAUGCUGCCGCCCUGGACCGCCCGCCGAGAAGCUCGCCAAGCGCCCCGGCUUCUCGAACUCGUGUCUUCUUUUCCACGUCGAAGUUUACGUCGUCGCGGACAAGUAUCUCAUGGAGCAGCUGCGGCAGCGCGCUGCGGUUCACAUGGGCAUUUUCUUGAAGCGAUACUUGGAAGCUAUAUUCGCGAAGCGCACGAGUCCUGCGCCAACCAUCGCUGCGGUCAAUAUCCAUGAAUGUCUAACAAAGAUAUACGCAGCGACUGUUGCAGGGGACGAGAACACGCCGCUUCGAAAAGCCGUCACCGAUGUCCUCAUGUCGCACAGGACGACGAGGUCGACCGGAGAGCCAGGCUGCAUGACGGCUAAAGUCAUGCGAUGCGCGCGCGAGAUUGAGGGCUUCGGGAGGGACAUGUAUGUUAGGACUAUGGGUGAGGCGGCCAAGUUGGGCAGUGUUGCUUACCUCGAGGUUGUGGAGGUGCUGUGUCCGUCUUGCCAGUAUCGCUGGAUGAAGCCUACGGGGAUUGCUUGGAGUUUGGUCAGGUGCAUUAGCUGCGGGGUGCCGUCUCAUUCGAGUUCACAUACUGUAGCGAAAGCGACGUGA